CCCACUCCACUUUCACUUGCGCGCCUCCUUCACUCUCUCUCACACAGUGCCUCCAUUACUCCCUCUCACACACACCAGCCUCCAUCAGUCACCGGCCUCCACAUACACAAGAGAAUUUGAUUUCUUUCUUCCCAAAGCCCAAAACCCAAAACCCAGUUACAGACCUAAGAGAGAAUUUUCUUCCACGGCAUUUUUAAAAAAAAAAAUCAUAAAUCACUUUCUUCUCCUCAAACCCCAGUCACAGACCCGAGGCGAAUUUCGGUCUUAAUUUUGGAAACAGAAAAGAAAGGAAGAGAGAACUUGGAAAGCUAAAAGGAAUAGAAGAAGAGAGAGAAAUACCAAAGAAAUAACCAGUUCUUGCAUCUUGCUUCUUUGCUCUUUUGCUCUUCUGUGUGUUUCAACUUUCAACCAUGGCUCGUCCCUUUGCUCUGUCCUUAUCCGUUCUCGUUCCUUUGCUCUUCUUGAGUUUAGGCAGUGCACUUCAAUUAGGUCUUAGCGUUGGAACCAUGGCUCAUUCCGUGAGCCAAGAAAACUCCCCAACGUUGACCUAUGAAUAUGAGGUCUUUGUUAGUUUUAGUGCAGAAGAUACCCACAAAAGUUUUACCUGCCAUCUCUUCGGUGCUUUAGACCGUAAAGGGAUUCAUGUGUAUAAAUCGGGAUUUAUUCAGACUGAACCAAUGAAGGCAAUCGAGAAAUCAAGGAUUGCAGUUGCGGUGUUCUCUAAAAACUAUGGUAAUUCGGAGUGGUGCCUGGAUGAGCUGGUUAAGAUCAUGGAAUGCAAAAGGUUGUUCAAUCAAAGGGUGAUCCCUAUUUUCUACGAUGUGUCUCCAUCCGAGGUGCGAAAACAGAAGGGCAAUUUCGCGGAGGUGUUAUUGAAUGGCUCCGGAGACAAGGUGAACAGUUGGAGGGUUGCUUUGACAGACGCUGCAAACUUGGCCGGCUUACACUUGAAGCCAUUCCAUCUGGAGUCAGAAUUUUUAGAAGAAAUUGUGGAGAGCAUUUGGAAAAUACUAAAGGACGAGGAAUCAGCUACCGCCCCAUCCCGUGGUCAACACUCUGUACCAAUCAUCACUCCGCAAAAUGACUUUUCAUUACGUCAUAAUGAGUGGACUUUCCCUUUUUUUUUUUUCCCAAAAACGUAAUAUUAAGUGAUUUGCUGAUGUCAUAAAUGACGACAUUAACAUGUGAAAGGAGAUCCCUUUCAUCCAGUCUUUCUAACUUUGACUUGCUCAAAAAAAAAUUCCCUUUCAAGUAAAUCCUAGUCCACGUGGAGUCGAUUCAUCCCUCCUUUCCUUCCCUGCUUUUAUUCAUCUUCGCGGCUGCCUUUUGUUAUUCCUUUCUUCUGUUCUUAUUAUCUUUUGUUAAAUCCUAUUCCACGUGGUGAAAGCUUUUUUUUUUUUUCCCUUUUUUGUUUUUUGUCUUGUAUUUUUUUUUUUUCAUCGCCAUUAUUAUUGUUUUGUUUCUACGUCGGGGGUCCACAUCAACGAGAAGUAUGGGGCUCAAAAAAAAAAGAACGACAGGUUCGUGAAAAAAUGCAAGAGAGCAUGGGGCUCACUAAUUGGAUCAUUCUCAGCCCGUAAUAAACAUUUGUUAAAAGAACAUGUUACUGAUACCCAGAAUUAGCUCUUGGGAAUUGGGACCCAUCCCUUCUUUUCUGUAAACAAUAUGUAUGCAACACUUCCACCUCUGCAUAUUUGCUAAGUUAUUUACUGCCACUAUUAACUUUUAUAGUUGUCAUAUCACCUGUUUCAUUGCAU